AUGGUGGAUCGGCAAAAAGUACUUCUAAUGGUGUUAAUAGCUCUCCUAAUUUACCCCAACGAUAUUUUCGGUGGUGCUUUCCCACCCGAAUUCGCUGGUCCUAUCACGAAUCUAACGGUGCCGCUCGGAAGGGACGCAACUUUUACGUGUCUGGUCAAACAUUUGGGGGGUUACAGGGUCGGCUGGCUGAAAGUGGAUACCAAGGCGAUCCAGGCGAUCCACGAUCACGUGAUAACUCACAAUAACAGAGUCUCGGUGUCUCAUAGUGAUCACACGAUGUGGAAACUUCAUAUAAAGAGCGUGCAAAGGGAGGACGAGGGCCUCUACAUGUGUCAAAUUAACACAGAUCCGAUGAAAAGUCAGACAGGUAUGUUGUCGAUCACCGUGCCACCAGAUUUUAUUCCCGAAGAUACUUCGAGCGAUGUCAUGAUUCACGAAGGAAAGCAGGUGAAGUUAACGUGCCGUGCAAGAGGCGUGCCACCGCCCCGUAUAGCGUGGCGCAGAGAAGACGGGAAGAACAUUAUAAUUCGGAAGCCAUUUGCAGGAAGCGCCUUGAACCAGAAGUCUCAUGUGUCUCCGGUGAGCGAGUACCAAGGCGAAGAGUUGAAUCUGACGAAGAUCUCGAGGAACGAGAUGGGAGUUUAUCUUUGUAUCGCUACCAACGGCGUACCACCAGCGGUCAGCAAGCGUAUUUUUAUCAACGUUCAUUUCUCACCGGUAAUUCAUGUACCUAAUCAACUGGUAGGAGCUCCUCUGGGUACCGAUGUGCUUCUGGAAUGUUUUGUCGAGGCAUCGCCCAAGUCGAUUAAUUAUUGGGUCAAGGAUAACGCCAUGAUAAUAUCAAGCCAACAACACGACGUACAGACGACUGUGAAAUCGCAGUUCGAGGUCCGUAUGGCGUUAACCAUUCGCAAUCUACAAAAACAUGACGUUGGUACUUACAAGUGCGUGGCCAAAAAUUCCCUUGGCGAGGUUGAAAGCAGCAUCCGAUUAUACGAGAUUUCAGGCCCGGCAAAGACGCAAAAGGCUCGGCCAUCCUUCUACGACGAGGAGGAUGAAACUGUUUUUGGUUCCGCAGAAAUGGAGAAAAUGGAGAACAAACCUCUGUCUGUGGACAACGCGAUCAACGGGCACAUGGGCUACCCAUCGGUCGCUACUCCAGUGCCGACGGUGAGAAUCGGUAAGAAGAGGCCAACGAUCAGCGCGAGUUCCAACGCGGAUCGUCGUCGAGCUACCGAACUUCUCGUCGUUCUUCUAACCUUGAUCCUCACAGGUCACAGAUGUCAGUGA